ACACCAGUAGUUGUCAUGGCGAUGGAGUCAGCCUCGGCGUCGGCUCCAGCGGUUGUUGCCAUGGAGAUCCCGGUGCGAGGUGCGCUCCCGGUGGUUGAAGAAGACGAGGGCUACAGCGCGCCGCCGCCAGGGUCCGAGGAGCGACUACGGUACCGCCGAGGAGGUGGAAGACGUAGGCGCGGGGUGCCGUUUAACCGGGGCGGCUACUACAUGCUGAUAGUGAUUGGGGAGAUCGGCACACAGCACCAGCUGGACACCGCCAGAGCGCAGAUAGAGCGGGGAAUUCGAUCCUGGGACGUGGACCUCAAGUGCUGCAACCUGGAUCAGCAGCUGCAGCUGUUUAUAACUCGUCACUCCGCCCACUUCUCCUCCGAGGUCAGAGGACAAAGAACUUUACACCACAGAAGUGAUGUCCUAGAGACUGUAGUCCUCGUCAACCCUUCAGGAGAAACCGUUGUAUCAGAGAUCCAGUCUCUCGUCACAGACUCAGCAGGACACAAGCUUCUGGUAUUGAGUGGACAAAGCUCAGAUCACGGUGGCCUUCUUCUUCAAACUGAGGUUUUCACCUACAAAACCUUUUCACGUGUAUUUGCUGAUCCUGGGGUCAGUGAAUUACUGGGCACAACAGUCCCCAAGCAGCAGGCUACACUUACAGUGUCCUGCCGCGGGGAGGUGGGCUGGAGCUCCCUGGGACAGCAGCAGACCCUGCGGGAGUUUCUGGAAUACAAACUAAACCCUGAGUCUUUCCUUCCCAAGAUGGAGGGCGUCACUGAGUUCACAGAGUACAUCUCUGAGACGGUCGACGUCCCUUCACCUUUUGACCUCUUGGAGCAACCCACAUCCGGUGGCUUCCUAAAACUGUCCAAGCCAUGUUGUUACAUCUUUCCUGGUGGACGAGGAGACUCUGCGCUCUUUGCUGUGAAUGGCUUCAACAUCUUAGUGGAUGGAGGCUCUGAACGAAAAUCAUGCUUUUGGAAGCUGGUCCGUCACUUGGACCGCAUUGACUCGAUUCUACUCACACACAUUGGCGCUGACAAUCUCCCAGGUAUCAAUGGGCUGCUUCAGAGGAAGAUAGCUGAACAGGAGGAGGAGCAGUCUCAAGGCUCCACCAACUAUAGCGACUGGAUGAAGAACCUGAUCUCUCCUGAACUAGGUGUGGUAUUCUUUAACGUGCCAGAGAAGCUCCGUAUGCCAGAAUCUAAUCUUAAAGUGAAACGCAGCAUCGAAGAGGCCUCCCUGACUUUGCAGUACCUUAACAAACUAGGAAUCAAACCGGAGCCUGUCUUUCGAGUGGUGAGCAACACCAUUGAACCCAUUACUCUGUUCCACAAGAUGGGAGUGGGCAGGUUAGACAUGUAUAUUCUCAACCCUGUCAAAGACAGUAAAGAGAUGCAGUUUUUAAUGCAGAAGUGGGCUGGGAAUAGCAAGGCCAAAACUGGUAUUGUGCUGCCCAACGGGAAAGAGGGAGAAAUAUCUGUGCCCUACCUGACAUCAGUUACAGCCUUAGUUGUCUGGCUGCCUGCCAACCCUGCAGAAAAGAUAAUCAGAGUGCUGUUCCCUGGGAAUGCACCACAAAACAAGAUCCUAGAAGGGCUGGAAAAAUUAAAGCACCUUGACUUCUUGCGCUAUCCUGUAGCUACACAAAAGGACAUUGCCUCCGGAGCACCUCCCUCUGUUAUAAAACAAACCAAGUUAAAACAAAGAACAGACAGCAAAGAGAGUCUCAAGUCAUCCCCAAAGACCACCGCAAAGGCUUCAAAGAAAGACAGUGAAGGACAAGAUGAGGUGUCAACCGCCACAGAAGCAAAGAGUGACUCUGUCAAGGAUAAUAUAUUGGAGAAAAAAGAGGAGAAAAAGCCUACUAAAACUCUAAAAUCUAAAGCGGAUGUGCCAGAAAAGAAAAAGCUCCUAAAAGACAAAUCCUUAAAAAAGCACCCAAAGGAAAGGGUGUCAAAAAUGGAUGAGAAAAAGGACAAGGAAAAGAAAGAGAUCAAGAAAGUAAAGAAAGAUGACUCCACUAAAAAAGAUGAAAAGAAAGAUGUUAAGUCCAAAGAUGACAAAAAGAAGGACACAUCCAAACCAGAGCUGAGAAAAAUUACAAAGCCUGACCUUAAACCGUUUACACCAGAAGUCAGAAAGACUUUACACAAAGCUAAAGUGUCAAGUAAAGCAAAGGCUGGAAAAAUUAAAACAGCAAAGGCUUUGCCUGCUGAGCCGAAGCCAGAGGAGCCAAAACCUGAAGCUAUUCAACCUGAACCAAUAGAGAAUGGAGCUGUUGAGGUAACGUCUGUUCCCUCAACCCCUGAAGCCCUCACCAAGGAAUUUGUGGAUUUGAAAAAAGCUGAAGUUGUAGCUGCAUCAGCAGAGCCUCCAGACAGUUUUGAGCCGAAAGCACAAAGCCUUACCCAAGAGAAGCAGGAAGCACAAGAAACAAAAUUGGAAAUUCCACCUGGCACGAAGUCUCCCGAAAUGGAGGCAUCAGUUCCAGAAGCGAAAGUAGAAGUUGAAGACAAAGACAAGGACUUGUCACAAAAGAGAGAAAUGGAAGAGGCUCAAAAGUUUGAGGAUGAAGGAGCCGCAACUCAGGAUGAGGACGAAGAAGAGGAGGAAGAGGCGUCCCCAGCUGCUGUAAAGAAAACAGAAGAUGAGGAAGAAGAAGAUAUGGGAAUAGGUGAAGAGGAAGAUGAAGCAAAAUGGAAGGAUGAUGGGCUUGACAGGAAACACGAGUUAGAAGAAAUGGAGAAAUCAGGAAAUUUCUUAACUAAGGUUGUGACAGAAGAAGAUCUACAAAUGAUUCCAUCCGCUGAGGAUGAUGAUGAGGUGGUGGAAAAAGCCGAACUGGAGGAAGUGGAAGAUUUAGAUGUAAUAGCAGAUGAAGAGAUCAAACCUGAAGAUGUAGUUGAAGAAGAAAUGGUCACUGAAAGAAAAACCACUGCAAUUCUGACUGCAGCUGAAGAGGAAGAGGAAGAGGAGGAGGGCUACCUGUCUCAUGUUGGAGGGGCCACUGCUCCCAUAACCUCGGUAGUUCAAGGAACCGCUGCAGCCGAACCCAUCUCCUACAUCCAGGACGAGACCAUCCCCGGCUACUCUGAGACGGAGCAGACCAUAUCUGACGAGGAGAUUCAUGAGGAGGCAGAGGAGAGGAUACCACACCUUCAGUACGACGUAGGUGCCUAUGACAUCUCUGUUCCAGAUCAGACCGAAUCAUUUGUAAACAUUCACGGCAUGAUGGAGAUGCAAGCUAUGAACGAAAAAGGUUUCAUCCCAGGCGUGCAGGAGCCGGUUUCAGUGUUCACGAACAUCAUUACUGCUCCUCUGGCAGAAGAGGAGCAUGUUUCCUCUGCAACAUCCAUCACAGAGUAUGAUAAAGUUUCCUCCUUCCCUACUUCUAUUGCUGAAGACCAAUCUGUUACAUCCGGCACAGCACCUCCAGCUGAGGAACCACACAAAAGCCCUGUUACCUUGUCCACGCCACCUGACGCCACCCCAGGCAAAGAGCAGCCACUCUCGGCAGGAACUCUUUCACCACCUUCUUUGGAAGAAGACAAACAAUCCAAGUCUCCGUCUGAUGACUUACAGCUUUCUGUUGCAGAAGCCAAGACGCCGGCAAAAGCUCAUGAAGCUUGUGAGGAAGAGGAGGAAGAAGAAGAGGAGGAAGACGACCAAACUCCUAAUGUUGAUAUUUCACUUGAAAAACUUCAAGAGGGCUAUGCUUCAUCCCAUUUACUACACGGUAAAGAGACAGAUAUCGAAAAGCUUGCUGGCUCAGUGUCUCCGGUUUCUAUUCAAGCCACCAAACCAGUCCACUUACCAGUUGAAGAGGAAAAUAAAGAUGCUGUUGCACCUAAAGAUAUUUCAUCUGUUGUGCCUACUAGACCUUUUGGCUCAGACUCAGUAACUUCAGAGAGCGAAGAGCGCUGCUUCAGUCCGGAUGAUGUCACUGUGAAAAUGGCCUCCCCUCCACAGUCUGGACCACCGAGUACAGCUCACUCUCCUCUUCGUCAGUCACCAGUGGAAGACAAGACAAAUGUCUUCCCUGAUAUAGAACUGGUAAAGCAAGAGGGACUCCUCGAUGUCGUCACAGCAACUGAAGACAACACUGAAAAGAAAGACGAAGCAAAAACAGAAACACAAAAAGAUGCUGAAAAACAGAAAGCAGAUCAGCAUGAAGUAGAAGUUUUAAUAUCUUUGGAGGAAUCCUUUGAGAAGGACAUAAAAAUGGUUCCAGCCAUAAAGGAGUCCGAAAAAGACACUUCCUCAGUGCCAAAAGAUGAAGGCAAACAGGCAGAAACGAUCCCUGUUGCGUCAUUAACAGAAGUUCAUCCACCUGUGUCAUCUGGACGAAGUGAUGAAGAGGUUGACGACAAGCUCAAAGAGAAAGAUCCUAAACUGCCUUCUCCAGGUAAAUUUCCAGACAGGGACAGUCGUUUCCUGGAUAAUGUUGAUGAUGAAGAUGAUGAUGAUAAAAAGAAAGAUGAUGACGAUGAUCAUGAUGAACAAUCGGCAGUUAAAACCGUCAAGACGGAACAGGAAAAAGUAAAGGACGACAUUCACGAUGUCAUACAAAUCAAGGAUGAGCAAAAACAGAAAUCUGUCAUCCAGGAAGAUGUUUCUGCCGUUAUGUCCGUCACGGCUGAGAAAACAGCAGUAAAGGAUGAUACUUCUGAAAUAAAACCCAUCAAAGAAGAGCAAAUUGUAAAGGAUGUUAUCACUGUUGAUAGAGCCAUUACAGAUGAACCUGAAAAACAACACACUCCUGAAGUAAAAACUGAAGAAGCAGAGGUUGAAAUUGUUGCUUCUGAGAUAAAACAAAUCAAAGAUGAGUGGAAGCAGAGAGAUGAUGAUUUUGACCUUAAAGCCAAAGGUGAGGUGACGGAAACUAAGUUUAAGAGGAAUGAUGUGUCUGAUGGUGAGAUUUUGAAAGAGGAGGAAAAGAAACAGACAGAUACGGGUGAAAUAUUUUAUAUUAGCGCUAUGCAGACAGAAGAAAAAGAGAUCGAAAAGGUCCACACCACAGAUAUCAAGCCUGUUACAGACAAGAUGGGGAAAGAGGAAAAAGAUGAUUUGCCCAUUAAUGAGCCUAAGAAGGAGAAGGAAAAGGAGACAGAAACAUUUGAAAUCAAAGUGAUUGAGGAUAAGAAAGAGGAAAAAGAAAUGGAAAAGAUAGAUGAUUUGGCUCCCAAGCUCUUUACAGAUGAGCAAAGGGAAAAGGAGAAAGAAAUUGGUGACAUCACUGUUGCUAAACUCACCAAAGAAGAAGAAAUUAUUAGCAAGGGUGACACGUCUGCUGUUUCCAUGAAAGAAGAAAAGGGGCAAGAGAUUUGUAAAGAUAUUAUCUCACCCAUCAGCCUCACCACAGUGGAGGAAAAGGAUGCAACAGUGAAUAAAGAUGAAAGUCCUGCUUCCAAGCAAACCACAGAGAAAGAGAAAGAGAUGAGUACAGAUGAUAGUUCUGACAGCAAACUUUCCAAGGAGCAGGAAAAAGAUAUGACAACAAGCAAAGAUGAUGCACACAUGUUCAUACCUACUAUGCAAGAUGAUACUGCUGCUAUAAAACAUACCAAGGUGGAGGAAGAAGAUAAACUGCCAAGUGGGGAAGAUACUUCUGCAGUUAAAUCAACACUUGGAGAGGAAAAAGAACAAGAGGAAAAUAAAGAUGAUACUGCUGCCAUAAAAUUUACCAAGAUGGAUGAAGAGCAUGUUAAAGUAUGUAAAGAUGACGAUUUCUAUGCCACAUCAGUCAAGGUAGAAGCAAAAGAAACAUUUAAGGAGGCCGUAAAACCAGUCAUGGAGGACGAAAAGGGGCAAGAAACAAGUAAAGAUGACACUUGUCCUGUCCAACCCGCCAAAAUGGAGGAAGAGGAUGUAUUGAAGAGUGAAGAUAUUUCUGCGGUCAAAACAUUCAAGGACGAAUUUGUUGCUAAACCCACCACGCAAGAUGAAAAGGAGAAAGAAAUCAGUGAAGAUAUUUGUGCUGCCAAAUCAGCAAUAGAAGAAAAAACGGAGAAAGCAGAAGAAACUUUCACUGAAGAAGUGUCAAUUCAAGAUCAUAGUGUUGCUAUCAAACCUAUCAAGGAAGAAAAAGAUACAGUAUUACUUAAGGAUGAUGUUUCUGGUAUCAAACCUACCAAAGAGGAAAGCAAAGACGUUGCUGGUGUGAAAACCCCUGCAGAUGAGGAAACAAAGGUAGAGUCAAAAGAGGUUACAUCUGAUGUAAAAUUAAAAGAGGAGACAAAAGAAAUCCCCAAAUAUGACUUUUGUGAUAAAGAAAUGAAAGUAAAAGAGGAGGAAAGGGGAAAAGAGAAAGAAAAGAGUUCUGAUUUUAUCUCCAUUAAAGAGCAGAUGGAUAGUACUUCUGUCAAACCCAUGACGGGUGGCAAAGAGGCAGAAAUAGGUGACAUUUCUGAAGAGAAGACUGAUAUAUUUGAUCACAAACCAAUUCUGGAGGAAAUUAAGAGUAAAGAAACUGAAAAAUGUACAACGAUAAAGGAGAAAGAAACAGACUCCAUUGUUGAGCAGCUCAAGAAAGAAGAGGAGACAUCUAAAGUUGAAACCAUUGUGGUUGAAGUUAAAGAGGGCAGUCAUGAAGCUGAAUCCAUUAAACAAGAGACAGAUAAGGAGAUGUACACUCCAACAUUCAGUGCCAAAGAUGGGAAAAAAGGGAAAGAUGAUUAUCCUUUUGAGUCUGAAUCCAAGAAGGAUGAUAUAAAAGAGAUAGAUCUCCCAGUGUCUCUGGCCUUGGAAGAGGAGAAAACUAAAAAGGAAGAUAUUUGUGGUGUAAGUGACAAGCAUAUACAUGAAGAAACCUCUGAUAAGCUUGCUGGAACUCAGAAAGAGACGGAAACUUUCAGCGCUACAUCAGUAGAAAUACAGCAAGAUACUUCUGUAACCACAUCAAGUGAAGACCUAAAACCACUGAAAGAUGACAUUUGUGUGUCACCCAGCCACAUCCAGGAGGAGAAAAAAGAGCAAGACAAAGAUGCAACUGUUAUUCAAGACGAAACGAUGGAUAAAGAAAAAGACGACACACAUGUUGCUGAACUGAGCAAAGAACAGAAAAUGGAAAAGGAACAAGAAAAAGAAUACACCUAUGAGACUGAUGACACAAAAGAUGACAAGACAAGAGCAGAAGAGGAUGAAAGGAUGAUUAAAAAAAAAGAUGUUGCUGACAAGAAGACAAAUGAGAUGAAUGAGAAAGAGUCCUCUGAUGCAGACCAAACCAAGGAGGAGAAAUGGGAGCGAGAGGAGUUGCAAGAGAAAGACCAGGACAAAGCAAUUAAACAACCUGCACAGACAGGAUUAGGAGCUGCAGGUAUGGCAUCCAAAUCCGAUUACAAACCUGCAUUUGUGGUGCAGUCCUCCGAUGAAGACAGGGAAGAUGAAGAUGAGGAGGACAUUUGUAUGGGAGGAGCAGGCUCCAGACCUUUGGCAGUGAAGCCGAGUGAAUCAGAACAUGACUUGUUGCCUACAGGUCUGCCCUCAUCCCAAAAACCACAGACAAGUGACGAAACUAAACUCUCAAUAUCACCGCCGCCCACAGUGAUCAUACCGAUACUUACAAUGCAGGAGCCCUCUAUUGAUGAAGACAUCAAAGAGUUUAGCAAAGAAGAAUCCAGGCUUUCACCUGAAAUGGGUAGAGAUGAAACCACAGCUGCACCACUUGCCAAGCCAGAGCCCUCCUUCGAAAUUGUCCCAUCAAAGGAGGAGACAACCUCUAUUCCCGAACAAGAAAUGGCUUCUGAUGUCCUAGCAGCUAAAGCAGAACCAGCAUCUGACUCAACUGAGAAAAAGCCUGUGUUAUCAACAGUUUCGAGCACUGAUAGUCAACCCAGGAGCUCUACACUCUCGAGUACUGAGAGCCAGUCCAGUGUUGAGGAAACACCACAACAAGAGAAAGAAAUACCGUCCCAGACAAGCUCAGGAGUCAGUGCUACAGAAAAGACAAAGCUGGAUGAGAAACCAGAAAAGGAAGCAGAGAGGGAAAUGGAAGGAGAGCGAGAGGUGGCUUCUCCGGGUUUAUCACAGCCUUGUUCGUAUUUUAUGUUGGAUUCCGAUGACGUCAGCCACGUUGAAGUUGUAAAAUCAGACACUGCAAAAUUGACCUUGGAGAAGGAAAGGCACAUAGACGAAGAACAAACCUUCUGUGCGUCCAAGUAUGACCCGUAUGAAAAGCCUAUUCCAAAGGAUCAUGAUUUAGGCUCUAGAGAAGAAAGUGAGGUUUCUUUAGAUUUUGAUCACGCCUCUGAUAUUGGUAUUGAUGAUAACAGAAGAACAAGCCAGUCAGAAGCUGGAGGAGCCAUGUUCCUCCUGGAUGAUCAGUACAAAGAAGAGCCUCUGUCCUUUAGUAGAGUUGACUACAGCCCGGUUUCCCUCACAGAGAGUGAAAGAAGCAGCCACCACAGUCAAAGUGCCUCACCUAAAUAUGAAGACAGAGAGAAAGGCCAAGAGGAAGAGAGUGAGAGAGAAGAAAGACCAGAUACACCUUAUGUUGACAAGAGCUGUUCAUCCAUAGACAUUCAAGAUAACAAAAUGUCCCAGGCUGCUGAGUCUUAUUCUUUCAGUCCCAAAGAGGAUAAACCUGAGAAAUCAGAGAAAGAGAAAGAGGAUAUGAAGAAUGGUGCAGCAGCAGCAGCUUUUCAAACAGUGGCUACAAGAGAAAGUGACACAGUUUCUGCCAGUGCUGUUCAAUCAGCAGAUAUAUCAUUAAGACAAGAAACACCCUUUCCGUCAUGUAGCCAAUCGGCUCUUGGUACACAAGUUUCAGCUGAUCCCGUCAAUGUUGGAGGAUUCACAGAAAAGAAAACAACAGAAAAAGAGAAAAAAAAAUCUGCUGAGUCACUCAAAGACAAAAUGGAGUCCUCUGCUCAUGAAAGAGAGGGAUCUCCGUCUGGUAGGCAUUCACCUGCAGAAAAAGACAUUUUAACUCAACAAGCAUCACCUUUAGCGAAAGUAGAAACUUCAAAUGAUUCAAGGACUGCAUCUGCUGCCACAUUUUCAGGACAUGAAAUAGACAAUAACGUUUUGGCAUCUGACAAUAGUCAAAUUAGCAGUUCUGCCUCUUGUAAAUCAAUGUUAGACUUUCCUGAUGGAAAAGAGAGCUUAAUAGAUAAAAGGUUACUUGUAGAAGGGGAAGAUUUCAAUGUUGAUGAUGAUGAUGAAGAGGAGGAUGAGGAGGACGAGGGAGAAGAGGAGGAACUAAGUGAUGUAGAUGUGGAAAAGGGCGCCAGAGAACAGUCUGAAAAAGAAAUGUGCAGACGUAUCUCUGGUGAUAGUUCUACGUUAGCACAAGUAGAGGACUCAAAUAAAAAGUCUCAGCUGCCUGAAUCAAGCUUCUUCAAAAAGGAAACCAUCUGUAAACCAACACCUGAUGAUGCCUCAACUUCAGACAAGCAAGACUUGAGUCAAAAAUCUCAUCAAACAAAACCAGUCAAAAUAGAUAUAACCAAAUCCAAACCUCCAGAGACAAGGAGUGAAAAUGUAGGUAAUAUAACUCUGUCACCAGACCCAAGUGCUCACAGAAUGGACAAAAGCGGUUUCUCUACAUCAGAUGCUCCAAAACUUCCUGAAACAAAAAAAGCAGAGGACACAGAUGAAAAACAUUUGUCUCCUGAACCAACCACAAAGAGAAAGUUGUCAUCGGCAGAGGAUUUUACCUCGUAUGAAGUACCACAGUCAAAAAAAGGAGAUGAGGACAAAGGUUCUCUAUCGCCACACUUUUCUGAAAAGGAAACUUCUCAACCAACACACACAAGCAGCUUGUCAGGAAGCUUUUUGCCAACUGACUGUUCAGAUUCCAUGUCCAAGACUACAUCUAGUCCUUCGCAUCCUCUAAGAAGUAGCUAUGCCGAAAUUGGACAGAAUAGAUCUGGAGGUUAUUCGGAGUAUUAUUUCCGUGAAGAGAGUCAAGUAGAAUUGAAAGAAGAUAAAAAAGAAACCUUGGUGCUCUCAGAUGCCUCCCAGCUAUCCAAGCUAAGUGAUGAUAAAUAUUACAGCCAAAGAGACUUUCAAGAAGAAAGUCUAGACGAGUGUCAGACCCUAGCUAUCACCACAAAACAAGAAGAAACUGCCUCAUCACCUUGCACAUACACCACCUUAACAUAUUCUACUUCAACAUACUCCUCAUCAUACAGUUACUCGUCCUUACCCUCAACUUCUGGCCCUUUGAGUCAACAGUUUGAAGACAAAGUUGAAACUUUCACAACAAUAUCAAGCUCUGCAGUACCUCUAGCUAAAGAAGAGCCUUCAUUCACGACAGAGCCUAAAAGCUCAUGCUUUGGGGGGUCUCAGAGAGAUGAGUACAUGGAGGUGACGACAAAACCUGCAACAAAAGUGUCUUUUCCCAGCCAGUCUGAUGAGACCAAACCAUCAACACCAGGCUUGUCUACCACUGCCAAACAGACUGAGGUCCAAAGUGGUUCUGCAAAGCCUGAAACAAAAUCAAGCACUGAUAGUUUUUAUAUGCUAGAAACUAAGAUUACAACAACCUCUGCAGAACCAUCUUUGCAAAGUAUCGAAACAGUAAUGGCUUCAGACAGCUUAUCCACAUCAGGGGCUCACUUUGAUGUUUCUCCCCUCCAAAGGGCUGAUUCCUCUGACAAGGUUUCCCAGGAGUCAUCAGAAGAUGAGGAGCCCGUUACACUUGAAAUGGAGGACAGCACCCUACCAUGUCGUAUUGAAUGUCAAAAAAUCGAAGUGACUGAGCAAAAGGAUAGUUCUUCAUCAAUAACUGUGUCAAAUGGGGUACAAAGUACCACACAGUCCACAGAGACAAAGACCACCACCAUCACCUCUUCUACUGGUGUGUCUAAACCUGACAUGGAAACAACUCAACAGACAGCCUCACUCACUUCUCUGUGUGAUAGUGGAGCCAGUAAAACCACAUGUGCCACAACAGAUGUGUCCAAAACAGAAGAUGAGCAAGAGAAAAAAGGGAAAACACCAGAGUUAAAAGAGGAAACGACGAACAGAGCCAUUGCACCAAUGAAGGAAGAUGCAAAGGUGUCAAAUAAAGAUGACAAGACAGAGACUGCUAGUCAAGUCAAGCAGAAAAUAGAGGAAAAUAAACUUGAGGAAAAGCAGUGUAAAGACAGCGUGGACGAAAAGAAGGCAACAGCUGAUCCAAAGAUAUGUGAAAAAGCAGAUGUUGGUAGAAGUGGAGAGGCAGAAAGAGUAGAGGAGAAAAACUUGUUGGAGAAGCCACCGGAGAGAUUAGAGGUUAGGAGAAGGAGCAGCAUAUCUGAUUGGGAGCUUCUACAGAGGCCCGAUGACUACCCAAGUGCCCCUCCUCCAGGGUAUGGUGAUGAUGAUGAGGAGGAUGAGGAAGCAAUGGAAGCGAUGGAAUGGAUGGCCAGUGUCCACAGUACCUCUAUGACCUCCACAAUAGAUACCUAUCACACAGAAACCUCUGGCAAAGAAGCAGUAAGGGUUGAUCGUCCCUCUGACUUGAACACCGGAGCCACCUCCUCCUCUGCCUCCCCUCCAGGCUACUCCUCUUGCGAAUACAAACAUCGCAAAGGAGAACUUUCUCCAUCGUUCAUCAACCCGAGCCCUCAUCCGCUCUCCAGCGACGAGGGCGAGGGCAAAGAGGACAACCGCAGUGACCACUCCCAGGAAGGGGACGAGGACGAUCAGGAGCAACACUCUGUGAAAAGGAGGUCGCACAAGCAGAGACACCACCACACUCCAAGUUGCCAUGAAGAACCUGGACACGGGCCACAACAGCUACCUGGCGCCAUGUCAUCUGGUUUGGGUGUGACGUUAGCUGGAGAGGAAACACCUCCAACAUCAGUGAGUGAGUCGCUGCCUUCGCAGUCCGAUUCUGACGUCCCCCCAGAAACCGAAGAGUGUCCAUCCAUAACUGCUGAAGGAAAUCUGGACUCGGAUGAGGACGCUGAACAUCUGCCGGUGGACAAAUUAUCUGGAGCUGGGGGUGGCCACCAUCCUCCAUCACCAAGGUCAGUUCAGAAGACUCAUGACCCUCCACCCACCCCGAUGAAGGACCCUCAUCCCCACCCUCCCCAUCCAGAUGUGUGCAUGGUAGAUCCAGAAGCUCUUCUUAAUGACCACAGCAGCACAGAGAAACUUCUUAAAAAGGAGCACAAGAACACCAAGGGCCUCCGAAAGGGCAAACCCAAGUCAGCCUCUCCCGCACGUAAGGGGGAAAUCAGGAAGAGGUCAUCUACUCCAGUGAAGCAGAUUUCCAAGGACUCCGCCUCACCUCGAUCAGCCUCCCUUAGGAGGAAGGACACAGACAGAAGCUCCAGACUGAUCAAAAUGUCUGAGACCCAAGGCUCCAGGAGUGAGAUCCUUAACCCGGGAAAAGGCUUGGUCAAUGGUGUCAAGAGCAGUUCAGGUAACAACUCUCAGAAAACUAGCUCGGCUGUCCCCCCUGGACCACCCGUCUACGUUGACCUGGCCUAUGUGCCCAACCACUGCAGUGCCAAGAACGUGGACCAGGAAUUCUUCAAGAGAGUGCGAGCUGCGUACUACGUGGUCAGUGGGAACGAUCCGGGCAGCGGAGAGCCCAGCCGUGGAGCCCUGGACGCCCUGCUGGAGGGCAAAGCUCAGUGGGGCUCCAAUUUACAGGUGACUCUGAUCCCGACCCACGACACAGAGGUGACCCGGGACUGGUACCAGCAGACCCACGAGAGGCAGCAGGACCUGAACAUCAUGGUUCUGGCCUCCAGCAGCACCGUAGUCAUGCAGGACGAGUCCUUCCCAGCCUGCAAGAUCGAGUUCUGAGCUUGACGAGGCUAGCUUUGCCGUCCCUCACCCCCCCCCCCCGCCCCCCCCCAACACCACACAGUCAUCUGUUCUCAAUGGAAGUAGAGCGAGAGUGAACAGCACUCUCUGCUUCUGGAAAGCUUCUUGCUCACCAUGGUUUUUGCUGCAACCCAUAAUACACUAGAUUCUUUUAGUUGAAAUCAAAGUCAAAAGUCUGGGUUUAUACUCACUGUAAAAGCGGGGUUUGUCCUAACAAUACCUUCUACACAAGUACUUACAAUUGUGGGAUUUCAAAAACAUAUUUAAUAGCAAAAUUAUGCUUUAUUUGCCUCAUAAAUCUAUCUAGACAAAUGGACAUCAUUAUCCCACAAAUGCAUAAUGCUACAGUUAAACUAUAGAUUAGUAAGAUGUAGUAUGUAAACAAAUCACAAUUAACUUGGAAAUGUAAUACUCCCAAGUGGUACAUUUCUCAUCCAAAAGGCCAAAACAUGUGCUAAACACUGUUAAAACAGAAGCUAUUAGUUAACUUCUCCAAAAUGUCUUCUAAAUUCAUCAGUGAUCAAUAAUUUGCUGAGAUUGUAGGCAGUGUUUUUAGAAGAGUAGACAUGUAUCGGUUUAUUUUCCGUCGGUGCUCAUCCUUUGCAAUUCUGAUCACGCUACAGUAACCUUUGGAUUAACUCGAUAAUGACAGAAUUGAUGUUAUGUAAAAGAAAAAAAAAGAAAAAAUACAUUCCUUCUUGUCAUUUGUGGUGAUACUUUAGGAGGUGCCUGAAGUUGCCACUGUGUGAAACCUUUCUUCUUGGCUUUCACAGCUUAGCUUGUGCAUGAUGCUUGCGUUUUAGCUCGGACUCUUUGAGAUCUGCAUAGGGUUAAUCUUUUCUUAAGCCAGCCUUCAAGUGUGGAAUGCAGUAUAGUGUGGCUAGGUUACUACACUAUUUGGCUGUCUAUGCUAAAGUGAAUUCAGUAGGCGCCAGGCAAAUGGACGGUGUUUAUACACCAAUCCUCUCUCUGCUGGAUGUAAUGGUUCCUCUUUAAGUCUUCAUCAUGCUCUUUGUUGGUUGUAUGUACUCCAGUAUACAUAUAAGGUAAAUGUUUCUAUAUCAAUACAGAGGUUAUGUUCAAUAAAUUAUAUAUUUUGUGAUGAUGCAGCAACUUAUGAGGCGAAUGCAACAUUUUUGAUCAUGCAUUCGAGAAGGUUUAAUAACAUUAUCUGUCAUUUCCUCCUGUUCAGCUACAUUUUACCGUAUCUUUCAAUGUCACAAAGUGAUUGGAAAAAAGCAA